AUGCCGUCCGAGGGCCGCGCCGAGGAGGGCUCGCCCAACGAUGGGUCCGAGAACGAGACAUCGAGCAUGGGCGAGGUGUCCAUGUGCCGCAUCUGCUUCAGGGGCGCCCGCGCCGGCAACCUGCUUUCGCCCUGCAACUGCAAGGGCACUAUCGGCCUGGUGCACAAGGAGUGCCUCGAGGAGUGGCUCUCACGCCGCAACACGGACGAGUGCAACAUCUGCUCCUUCCAGUUCAAGGUGGAGCGUACGCCCAAGAGCAUCUGGGACUGGCUGCGGGACCCGGGCAGCCAGGCAAACCGCUGGUACAUCCUGGUGGACAUGUCGCUGUCGCUGUUCGGCGCCGUCAUGCUGCUCGUUUCUGCCUGGCUGUCGGCCGUCGAGAUCAUCAGCGGCAUCUCGUCCGUGCUCGGCUGCGUGCUCAUCGUCAUCAUCGUGGUCCUGGCAGGCCUCAUCUGCGUCGCCGACAUCUACCUCAUGGUGCGCCACCACCACCAGGCGCUGUUACAGUGGCGCCAGAACAACUGGGGCGUCCGCCUGGUCCUGCCCGCGUCCGAGAUACUGGCCGGGUCUCCGCCUGGGGCAAUGAACGCGCACCCGCCGCAGUCUCCGCCGCCAUCCGCUGGCGCCGCCCUGGCUCCGGCUCCCGGCACCAGUCCGCAGGGCGCGGCUGCCCUGCCCAGGGCAUGAACUCACUCGCACCGUCGAGGUCAUUCCUGGGAAGCUUGCCUCGAACUCGGUUGAACGGGUUGGAAUCAAAUGACUAAAUUGAGACCUUCUCCUGGGUUUGGUGCCACGUUGCAUUGUACGUGAUAAUAAA